GUCCCAUCGGUCGAUCCACCGAGUUCGCUUUACGAGUUUCUUCAUCUCUGCAAAAGACUCUCUGAUUUCAAUCCUCCGAUUCCUCAGGCUUCGUUUUCCGGCUCCAGCUCACAGUCAAUUUGGUUUUUGCUCCACCAACUGCGAGAUAAGGCUUUUGAAUUGGGGGUCUGAUUUUAAACAAUAUGAAUUACCUAAUUGGAGCUUUCAAGCCAUCAUGUAAUAUUUCGAUCACAUUUGCUGAUGGAAAAAGUCGGAAGCAGGUUCCAAUAAAGAAAGAAAAUGGUCAGACAGUAAUGGUCCCACUUUUUCAAAGUCAGGAAAACAUUUCUGGAAAGAUAUCUAUAGAACCACUUCAGGGAAAGAAGGUUGAACACAAUGGUGUGAAAAUUGAGCUCCUUGGUCAGAUAGAGAUGUAUUUUGACAGAGGCAACUUCUAUGAUUUUACCUCCCUUGUUCGUGAACUGGAUGUGCCUGGAGAAAUAUAUGAAAGGAAAACAUAUCCAUUUGAAUUUUCUACAGUUGAAAUGCCAUACGAGACGUACAAUGGGGUUAAUGUGAGGCUUAGGUAUGUCCUAAAAGUUACAAUCAGUCGUGGCUAUGGUGGUAGCAUUGUGGAAUACCAAGAUUUUGUGGUUCGCAACUAUACCCCACCUCCGGAAAUUAACACUAGUAUUAAGAUGGAGGUUGGAAUUGAAGAUUGCCUACACAUUGAGUUUGAGUACAAUAAAAGCAAGUAUCAUCUGAAAGAUGUUAUUAUCGGGAAGAUAUAUUUUCUUCUUGUAAGAAUCAAGAUAAAAAAUAUGGAUCUCGAGAUCAGACGGCGAGAGUCAACAGGAUCAGGGGCCAACACCCAUGUUGAGACGGAGACACUAGCAAAGUUUGAGUUGAUGGAUGGUGCUCCAGUAAGAGGUGAAUCAAUUCCAAUUAGACUGUUUCUUAGUCCCUAUGAGCUGACACCUACACACCGCAACAUUAACAACAAAUUCAGCGUCAAAUAUUAUUUGAACCUUGUUCUUGUUGACGAAGAGGACCGUCGGUAUUUCAAGCAGCAGGAGAUCACAGUAUACCGCCUUCCUGAAACUUCUUGAUUAUUUUAUAUGUAAAACCAACACUGGGUUCUGAAAAAAAGGGAGGAAAUUAAUUGCUGCUUGCCACCUUGUGAAAGCUUGAGUUUUACUGGAGUGAAAAUCCUGUUUCUUAUAGGAACUACAAUGGCUUGUUAUUUAUUGGUGACGCUUUUGGUACAACAUUGUCACGGUUAUGUACAUCAACGGUUAUCUAAUGCUGUUUAUGUGGGGAUCUCCGGUUUCUGUUAGGAUACUAUCAAUGACACUGUUAUCCAAUACCAUUGACUAAUGACUUGGCAUCCA